UCUAUGUAUGUGUGUGUAGAAAUCAUUACUUUCAUAGACUGCCUCAUAAAAAUAACUGAACAUUUGGGGAGCACUGCUGCACUUCUAAAGAAAGAAGAAAAGGAGAUUUGUAAUUUAUGUGGCAUGCAUGAUGAAUGUACUCCACAGCAGACAAUGUCCUCCAUUCAAGAUACCAAAGCAGCAGACAUUGCUGCAAGAGGGGAACUAAAUGUCAUAGAAACAGCUACUGUUUCUCCCACAAAUGGAGAGGAAAGUCAUUACACAAACCAGGUCCAGUUAGAAAAAAAUAAAACACAUAUGAGUUCAGCAUUAGUGGAAAAAGAAAACAAUACAUCACUGAAUGGAUGUGUACUGGGGCAAGAAGAGUCACAGAACAAAAUGUUCCCAGAUAAUGCAGAAAAUGAAGAUGAUAAACAAAUAGAACACAUGACUGUUGAGAACAUAAAUGGCAACAGGGAAGAGACUCAUGGCAUAAUUCAGACAACAGAGACAGAAAUUCAAGAGACUUCAGAAAGCCCAAGAGAAGAGAUGACCACAUCCUCAAUAAUAUGUGAUAUCUCCAAGAAAUAUAUAAAUAGUACUCUUCACAAUGAUUCAGAGAAUAUAAAGCACAAGAAUAACAUAAUGGAAAAGGAGUAUCUUGAUGUGCUGAGUGAUGAUACUGGCCCCCAAGUGUCUUGUUAUAUUACAGCACCAUCAUAUGUUCUACAACAAUUAGAAUGCCGGAUAAUAAAUCACAUGAGUUCUUUAAUAGUGGGUGAUAAUGAAGAGUUAGUUAGCAACGUCAUAACUAUUGAAUGCUCAGAUAAGGAAAAGAGAGUUCCAUUUCCAAUAGGCAUUGCAAUUCCAUUUACUGCACGUUACAGAGGAAAUUACAGAGAUAUCAUGGUGAAAGUGUGUGACAUAAACCUUCAAUCAAGUUACCUAAACCCAAAUUCACUAGAAGGAAUGAAGGGAGGUUAUAAGGGGACCUGUGCUUCAGUAAAAGUUUACAAAUUGGGCAUCUUUUCUGUUGUGUCUUGUUUAAAGAAAGAGUCGUUCACAGUAACAAAGAAAGGCCUCGCUCUUAAGUCAAGUAUGGAUUCCCGAAUAUCCUUAAAUUACCCUCCAGGAGUUUUUACCUCUCCAGUGCUGGUGCAGUUAAAGAUCCAACCAGUUGACCCAGCUCUGGUGGCACAUUUAAAAGCACAGCAAGAUACUUUCUACUCAGUCCAAUCCACAAGCCCUCUGAUUCACAUUCGGCACCCAUCAACUUAUCCUUUUCAGAAGCCAGUCACUUUGUUUUUACCUUGUUCUCCAUACCUUGAUAAAAACAACCUUGGUUCUGAGAUAGAUCAUAAAAGAAGAGCAAGUGCCACAAUAAAUAGGAUUACACCUUCGUAUUUCAACCGGACAAAAAUUGCCUCCAUAAGACAACCUAGGAAAAAUGCCAGUGAAUGUUUGAAAUUACUGGGAUUCAGAAGCCAAGACAGUGGUUGGUGUGGGCUUGAUGAUGUUGUGAAAACCAUACAGAGCGGCUUGGUAUCAGUUGAAUUGUAUGAACAUUUGGAGAGGUUUAUUGUACUUCACCUCUCUUCCACCAUGGACAAUAGUCAUUUGGUUACUUUUGUGAAAUCUUUAGAGGAAGCCAUGCUCAGCACCACUGCCUGCAUAGUACUGUCUCACCAGAAGGACAAUCCACAUAGAAUAGCUGUUUUAGUGGUGCCUUCCAAAGAUUUAAGCCAGGUGCUUAAGGGCCUGCGCUUGGAAGGGUUUGGGGGACCUCCAGAGCCAUCUCGUCAUUUCCAAGUUCGAGAAGGAGAACAACUUCUUUUAAGAUUUACUGGAAACAUAUUUGCUUCAAGCAACGGGAAGGAUUAUGGAAAAGACUACACACUUAUUUUUCACUUGCAAAGAAAACCUAGGCUGGAACUCCAAAUCAAAGAAGUGGACGAAUUUGGAAACUAUAGCUGCCCUCAUUAUAAAGGCACCAUUGUCGUUUACAAAGUACCUAAAGGAAAGAUAGUCCCCAACUUGAAUCAAUCUCUCGUAAUUAAUGAAAACCAUUCUCAGUUGCCAAUUUGCAAAUUACCAUUGAAAUUGCCAAAGCAUAAGAAAUUAAUCAACCAUCCACAGAGUACCAAAAGAGUUUCUAAGGAUCCUGUAGAAGCCCUUUGGGAUAACUUGCUCCAUUGGCUGGCUGAGGAGCUCUCAGAAGAAAAUGCUAAGUCUCUUUCCUCAACUCUCCCUCUGCGCCAUAGCACCAUUCAGCUCAUCAAACUCAAGAACCCUGAUGAUCUCACAGAACAGAUCCACGAGUUUCUUUGCUUCUGGAAAAAAUCGCUUCCAACUUUCACCGACAAACUUCGCCUCCUGGCUCGACAUCUCCGCAAGAUUGGCAGGAGUGAUCUUGCAGAAGAGCUCAAAUUCAAGUGGGAAAAUAAAGUGUUCACUGAACCACAGCAGGUUUUGAUGUAGCCCCUGAGUAAAAGCCUGAUCUCUCUUCCUUUACCCCUAGGAAAA